AUGGCAUCCGCAGAAGCAUUCAAAGAGCUCCCCAGGGACAUUGCUGCAGUCGACAUCAAGGGCAUGACCUAUGUUUUCUUCGUCAACUCGAAUCACCAGCUCUGCUACCUUAAAUCUCCUGGGCUGGGAACCGACGACUAUGAGCCUAUACUCGUCAAGCUCACAGACGGGGAUCUGAAGGUCAAGUGCGGCAGCAGACAAAUCGCCGCAGCCGCUUGGCAGGGAGGAAACGGUACAGAAAUCCGCAUCUACUGCAUUGCUCCUGAAAAGGGUGAAUGUGAGAACAAGGGUUAUAUCCAAGAGGUCUCUUUCGGCUCUAGCACUGGAUGGGAACAUGGCCUUCUUGGCUACAAGGAGGAAGGGAGGCCGUAUGUUGAUAAGGAUGCCUCGCUGACCGCUUGCGUGCAUGCCUGGCCUGACAAGACGGAUAUCAAGGUCUUCGCUUCUGGGAAGGGUGAGAAUGGACGCCCCAAGAUCACUAUGCAUCAGUACAGCUAUGGGCAUAAGAAGUGGCUUCCUAAAGUUAUUAGUAACAAGGUCUCGGACUGGUAA